GGGAGGGGAAGGAAGGGGAGGGACGGCGGCGGGGCCGCGUGUCCCGAGAGCCGCCCGUGACCCCGGAGCCGCCCGCGGAGCGAGCCCCGGCAGUGCCGCGCUGUGCGAGUGACGCUGGUGGCAGCAGCCGGUCCCCCCUUGUGCCGCUCGGUUCUUGCUGCAGCCCUACGGGAAGCACCCGGGGCUGUGGGGAGGAAGAUGCCCAAGAAAGGAGGGAAGAUUGCUGACAUGGCAAAGGAAUCACAGGCACAGUGUAAACGGUCCAAACUGGACACAGCUGCUUCUCCUUCAGUCCUGAGUUUUGAGAGCCCAGACAGCCUCUUCAGGAGCCUGAUCUCUCCCAUCGAAGAGGAGGUGUUUUUCAGGGAGUACUGGGAGCAAAAGCCUCUGCUUGUUCAGAGAAAUGAUGUCCUGGUGGCUGCUUACUACCAGUCCCUGUUCCAGCUGGCACACCUGAAGGAGCUGUGCAGCCAGGGCCUGUGCUACGGGCGAGACCUGAAUGUCUGCAGGUGUGUCAAUGGGAAAAAGAAGGUUCUGAAUAAGGAAGGAAGAGUGAAUUACAUGCAGCUGAAGAAGGAUUUUGACCAGAAAAAGGCAACAAUACAGUUUCAUCAGCCUCAGAGAUUUAAGGAGGAGCUGUGGAAGAUUCAGGAGAAGCUGGAGUGUUACUUUGGGUCUCUGGUGGGGUCCAAUGUUUACAUCACUCCCCAGGGCUCUCAGGGGCUUCCCCCUCACUACGAUGAUGUCGAGGUGUUCAUCCUUCAGCUGGAAGGAGAGAAGCACUGGAGACUCUACAAACCAACGGUGCCUUUGGCUCGGGAGUACAACGUUGAGCCAGAAGAUAGGAUUGGGAGUCCCACACAUGAAUUCAUAUUAAAGCCAGGUGACUUAUUGUACUUCCCAAGAGGGACUAUUCACCAGGCUGACACUCCUGAGGGGAUCUCCCAUUCAACACAUGUGACCAUCAGCACCUACCAAAACAACUCUUGGGGAGAUUUCCUACUGGAUGCAAUUCCUGGCCUGGUGUUUGAUACAGCAAAGGAGGAUGUGGCACUGCGGACAAGCAUUCCAAGGCAGCUGCUCAUGCAGGUGGACACAGCUGACUGCACCAAAAAGCUGAGCAGCCUUCUGAGAAGGCUUGCAGACAGUCUGGAGAACUCCAGGGACCUGAGAUCAUCUGACAUGAAGAAGGAUUUCAUUAUGCACCGGCUGCCACCAUGCCUGGGAUGUGACUCUGAUCCUUUGACUCCAGGUGGGAAAUUGCCAAAAAUAGAUAGCAAAAUCAGAUUGCAGUUUAAAGACCAUGCUAUCAUCACUGUGGAACCAGAUCAAGAGAAUGCUGAUGAAAUCCGCAGGGAGAUGGUUUAUGUGUAUCACUGCUUAAAGAACAGGAGAGAAACUCACAUGAUGGGGACAGAGGAUGACACUGCCAGUGAAAAUGGCCUGACACAGCAGACUCACGGGCUGCGGUUCCCUUUGUCAUACUUGGAUGCACUGAAGCAGAUCUGGAGUAGCAGCACUGUUCAUGUUAAAGAGCUUAACCUUACCUCAGAUGAGGAGAAAGAAAACCUUGCCUUGUCACUCUGGACUGAAUGUCUGAUUGAAGUUCUUUGAUGUUUUUGUGAAUUAGCUGCUCUUGGCUAUUAAGCAUCUCUUGAGAUCAACGUUUAUUAAAUUAGUUUGUUUUUUUUAUCCAUCC